AUGCCGGUCCGGAUCAUGUGCACCAUCUCCUUUUCUGCGGACGACGAGCCCGGCAGAGGAUACGGUAACGACAGUUUUGAUGACCACUACAAGCGGGUGAAGAAGAGUUAUGGUGACAGGGACUCGCAGGAAUACCUGGAUAGGUGUAGUCAAGUGGAUGAUUACAAUGAAGAGGAGGACGAAGUCGGUGAGGUGGACGACCUGGCCGCUUUCUUCGGUGGUUGCUCGCUCCAUGGAGCCAACCACGUGUUUGUAGAGGACAAGAAGUUUGGUAUUCGCCAGGGUUUGUGGGCAGUGGUCUUCACCAUGGCCCUGUCUGCUUUCUUGUUCCAGGUAGCUGACAGGAUCAUAUACUAUCUCCAAUAUGAUCGAAUCACAUUGCUUGAUGAAAAUGUGGCCAACAACAUGACGUUUCCGGCUGUCACCAUAUGUAACUACAACUUUGUUAGGAAGUCUCAGAUGAGCUACAGCGACCUGAUUUUCAUGGGCCCUCUGCUGGGCUUCGAAGAAGGCAUGGCACCGGGGUUUCCGCUCGCCCCAGAGCCGGACCGCCAGCCGGGCUCUCGUUUCACUCUGGAUGAGUUCUACAACCGCACUCGACACCGCAUGGAGGAAAUGUUGCUGGAGUGUAACUUCAGAGGUUUAGACUGUGGCGCAGAGAACUUCAGAGAGAUAUUCACACGCUAUGGGAAGUGCUACACCUUUAAUUCAGGCCAAGAUGGACGACCCCUCAUGGUGACAAUGAAGGGUGGGAUGGGCAACGGCCUGGAGCUGAUGCUGGAUAUCCAACAGGAUGAAUACUUGCCUGUAUGGGGAGAAACUGACGAGACAUCGUUCGAAGCAGGGAUCAAAGUUCAGAUCCACACCCAGGACGAGCCGCCGUUCAUAGACCAGCUGGGCUUUGGAGUGGCGCCGGGGUUUCAGACCUUUGUCUCCUGUCAGGAACAACGGCUGACAUACCUGCCUCCGCCAUGGGGGGACUGCAAGGCCACGCCGAUGGACUCAGACUUCUUUAGCACUUACAGCAUCACGGCCUGCCGAAUCGACUGUGAGACACGAUACCUGGUGGAGAACUGCAAUUGCAGGAUGGUUCACAUGCCUGGAGAUGCCCCAUACUGCACCCCGGAGCAGUACAAGGAGUGUGCAGAUCCUGCCUUGGACUUUCUUGUCGAGAGAGACAAUGACUACUGUGUGUGCGAGACGCCAUGCAACUUGACGCGCUAUGGUAAAGAGAUGUCCUUUGUCAAGAUACCCAGCAAAGCAUCAGCCAAGUACCUUGCCAAGAAAUUCAACAAAACAGAGCAGUACAUAGCUGAUAACAUUCUGGUCUUGGAUAUCUACUUUGAAGCGCUGAACUACGAAACCAUUGAACAAAAGAAAGCCUACGAAUUGGCAGGCCUUCUGGGUGAUAUUGGAGGUCAGAUGGGUCUCUUCAUCGGAGCCAGCAUUCUCACUAUUCUCGAACUCUUUGACUAUCUAUAUGAGGUGAUCAAGUACAAGCUGUGCCGAUGCGUGAAGAAGAAACACAAAGGCCGCAACAACAAUGACCGGGGAGCUGUGCUGAGCCUGGAUGAUGUGAAACGCCAUGCUCCUUGCGAGAACCUGCGUACACCAUCAACAUAUCCUGGCAACAUGCUACCUCAUCACCCGGGCCAGGCCAACUUUGAAGACUUCACUUGCUGAGCAGACCCGGGUGGAGCAUCAAAGUGUGUGUUAUGCAACCAAAGCCAACCAUACAACAAGAACUAUCCAACACUGGGAGUGUGAGGAACUGAUACGAAUCUAACAGAGGCACUUUUUACAUAGAAACGGAGUAAAAGCAGACCAAUCAAACACGACAAACGCCUCAGGUGAAAGUUCUUUCACCUGAGGCAAAAUGGAGAGGAUAUCCCAAAUAUUAAAAUAUCUGAUAAUUUUCCAGAGAACAUUUCAUGCAGCACUCUAAGCUCUUCUAUCUCUGUGUUUUCCUCUGGAAUACUGCCGCAAAGGAUGCUCAUGGAGAAACCUUGCCAACACGGACCUCUCUUUCAAAAGACAAAAAAAAAAAGUAAAAAUAAACAAGGAAAAUGUACAGUUAUCUCACCAUAGACAGCAGAUCAGAAAAAAAGAGCCCCCAUGCCUUUAUAUAACACAGCAACACACGAUGGUUUCACACAACACCGGCCUGCUAGUG